AUGAAGUACAUGGAUAAAUUGCCGACAGUUAUAAGCUGUUGUUUCUGCUGUUUUCUAAGAGCUGGAACUGUAAUGAUAGCUAUAUUUUCGUUCAUCGUCGGUUUUAUUUUCGCGCCAAAUAUCAGCACGACCAAAGGUUUCUGGAGCAUGGAUCCCGUGCUCUCCUCCCACGGCGCGGUAGCUGAAAUCGUCAUACAGGUCACAUUGGGAGUCAUGUCUAUAAUGCUGUGUGUGGUCAGCUUGAUGUUAGUUAUUGGCUCUUGUUGUAACAUGCCAACAUUGAUAGAAGUCUACCAGUGGGGGGCCUGUUUAUAUUCUUGUGUCGUGUCUAUUCUCUUCAUGGUACUCGCUGGAAUGUGCUUCUUUGUCUACGGCGACUGUUUCAUAGCGGCCGGUGUCCUGUGCGGCCUUAUAAUUUGUAAUUGUGGAAUAACGGCUUAUUUCGUGAUUGUGGCCAACAGCCUUCGGAUGUCCCUGAUAUAUUUGGCUGCAACAAAUGAUGUACUAAACAUAUGA